AUGUUGGAACAUCCGGAUCAUGCCUAUCUCACUUGCAAGAGAGCUUCCCGAAACAAGUCUGAGAAGAAGCGUCGGGACCAGUUCAAUGUCCUCAUCAAAGAGCUCAGCUCCAUGCUGCCUGGCAACACGCGGAAGAUGGACAAGACCACCGUGCUGGAGAAGGUCAUUGGGUUCUUGCAGAAACACAAUGAAGUCUCAGCGCAAACGGAAAUCUGUGACAUUCAGCCGGACUGGAAGCCUUCAUUCCUCAGUAAUGAAGAAUUCACCCAGCUGAUGUUGGAGGCCUUGGAUGGCUUCAUCAUCGCCAUGACGACGGAUGGCAGCAUCCUCUAUGUUUCUGACAGCAUCACACCUCUCCUCGGGCACUUACCGUCGGAUGUCAUGGAUCAGAAUUUGUUAAAUUUCCUUCCAGAGCAAGAACACUCGGAAGUCUAUAAAAUGCUCUCUUCCCAUAUGCUUAUGACGGACGCCCCUUCCCCAGAAUACUUAAAAUCUGACAACGAUUUAGAGUUUUAUUGCCAUCUUCUCAGAGGCAGCUUGAACCCAAAGGAAUUUCCAACUUAUGAAUACAUAAAAUUUGUAGGAAAUUUUCGCUCUUACAACAAUGUGCCCAGCCCCUCUUGUAAUGGCUUUGAUGGCGCCCUUUCAAGGCCCUGCCGAGUGCCCUUGGGGAAGGAGGUCUGCUUCAUCGCCACCGUUCGCCUGGCCACACCACAGUUCUUAAAGGAAAUGUGCAUCGUUGACGAACCUUUAGAGGAAUUCACUUCAAGGCAUAGCUUGGAAUGGAAAUUUUUAUUUCUGGAUCACAGAGCCCCUCCUAUCAUAGGGUACCUGCCUUUUGAAGUCCUGGGAACCUCGGGCUAUGACUACUACCACGUGGAUGACCUGGAGCUCCUAGCUAGGUGCCACCAGCACCUGAUGCAGUUUGGCAAAGGGAAGUCGUGCUGCUACAGGUUUCUGACCAAAGGCCAGCAGUGGAUUUGGCUCCAGACCCACUACUACAUCACCUACCACCAGUGGAACUCCAAGCCCGAGUUCAUCGUGUGCACACACUCGGUGGUCAGUUACGCCGAGGUCCGGGUGGAGAGGAGGCAGGAAUUGGCGCUGGAGGACCCGCUGCUGGAGACCGUCCACCCUUCAGCACUGAAGGACAAGGGCUCCAGCCUGGAACCUCAGCAGCACUUUAAUGCACUUGACAUGGGCACCUCAGGCCUUAACACCAGUCACUCACCAUCGGCCUCCUCAAGAAGUUCCCACAAAUCCUCGCGCACAGCCAUGUCAGAGCCCACCUCCACUCCAAGCAAGCUGAGGGCAGAGGCCAGCACCCCGGCUUUGCCCAGAUCGGCCCAAGAGCUCCCAGUGCCAGGACUCAGCCAGGCAGCCGCGAUGCCGGCCCCCCUGCCAGCCCCGGCAUCCUGUGACCUCACACAGCAGCUCCUGCCUCAGACCAUCUUGCAGAGCCCACCUGCCCCCGUGUCACAGUUUUCAGCACAGCUCAGCAUGUUCCAGACCAUCAAAGACCAGCUGGAGCAGCGGACACGCAUCCUGCAAGCCAACAUCCGGUGGCAGCAGGAAGAACUCCACAAGAUCCAGGAGCAGCUCUGCCUGGUCCAGGACUCCAACGUCCAGAUGUUUCUGCAGCCGCCAGAUGGAUCCCUGAGCUUCAGCAGUGCCCAGCGGCCGGAGACUCAGCAGCAGCUCCAGCAGAGGUCUGGCCCAGGUCCCCAGCUUGUGGCCAGCCCACAGCUUCCGGGGCAGAUAGCCUCUGCCCAGGUCACAAACCAGCACCUGCUAAGAGAAUCGAGUGUGAUAUCGACCCAGGGUCCAAAGCCAUUGAGAAGCUCACAGAUGAUUCAGGGGAGCAGCCUGACACCCCAGUUUAGCAGCACCACCACUGCGCUCCCAUUGGCUCUGAGCCUGACCACGCCAGCUUCCGCCUCCCAGGAGGCCCCCCAGGGCCAACCCAGCCCGGACUUCAGCCAUGACCGGCAGCUCAGGCUACUGCUGAGCCAGCCCAUCCAGCCCAUGAUGCCCGGAUCCUGUGACGCGAGGCAGCCCUCAGAGGUCAGGAGGACCGGACGGCAAGUCAAGUAUCCGCAGAGCCAGGCCGUGUUUCAGAACCCGGAUGUGCACACCACCAGCAGCAACGCCGCCACCCCUGUCCUGCUGAUGGGGCUGCAGCCCAGCUUCCCCACCUCUCAGCCGUCACCCCUGAAGCCUGCACAGGCCCCGCCGCAGCCUCCGCACUUUCUUCAGGUGCAGGUGCCAACCUCUCUGCACAGUGAGCAGCAGGACUCCCUCCUUCUCUCCACCUACUCGCAACAGCCAGGGACCCUGGGCUACCCAACGCCGGGGCCCGCACGCCCGGCCCGAAGGGUCAGCAGCCUGUCUGAGUCCUCAGGCCUCCAGCAGCCGCCCCGGUAG